UCAGGUGGCGUCAGGGGGGUUGCGCCCGGCCCUUCUCCUCUGCCUGCACCUCAGACGGCACCACUCUCCAGACCUGCAGGUUGCAAGAUGUGACCGGUCACUCCCUCAGAAGAACAAACAGCCUGAAAAAUGAUGCAGUAUACACAGAAUGCUGUCGCUGUGCAGCCCAACAAACCUCUCAUUUGCCUCAGGACUAGUAUCAUGACCAUUGGUAUAAUUGGGCUGAUCAUUUGGAUGGCUUGUUUUGGGAUGUCAGCAGGAUUCUGCUUUGAUCCAUAUGCUACAGCAACAACCAGAUUCAUCGGGUUUCUACUGGUAGUGGUGCACACAGCUUACAUUUUCCUCACGUGUGAAAUCAUCUAUUUCAUCUCGUAUGUCGACACCUUCUCCCACAGCGAGCUGACGAAUCUUCGAAGCGCAACCUCGAAGUUACUGGCAGCUACUAUAACUGGCGUUGGUGUAUCUGUUUCCAUCAUAUUGCAUUUCAUUAUGUAUGGUUUUGAAGAAGGAUGGUACUUCGAAUGGAGAGAUGACUCAGGGUCUCAUCACUUUGGGGGAUUUAAUAACUAUUCAGCGUCAUAUGCCUUUUGGUGCAGCUUCUCCUAUAUCUACACAUCCAUUCUGUUCAUCUUAAUAGCAGUUUACUAUAAGAAGUGUCACACACGACUGAUGUAUGGAGGACUCCCAAAACACCAACAAUUACCUGUAACUCAAUACCCUGUGGCAACGGCUGGAAUGCCUCAGCGGAUGGAAAUGACUGGAAUGUCUCAGCAAAUGGAAACGGCUGGAAUGCCUCAGUGGAUGGCAACGCCUGCCCCAGCAAAUCCUGAGGGACCUACAUUCCCGUAGAGACGUUUCCCCGCCCAUGGACCAUAAAGCUCCUGGAGAGGGGCUUAUCCAGUGCAUUUGGAGAGGAGUGAUACUACAGUUCUUGGGCUUGAAAUGAAGUGGCAAGCUGCUAUCGCUCUUCAGAGGAUCACUUACGGUUGAGUUGCCGAGUUAUUACCUUGCAUCCGUAGAUGCCAGACCACUGUGCCAUACGCCACGAUUAUAAGUAGUUGGUUAA